AUGGAGGUUGCCAUGGUAAGCGCAGAUAGCUCUGGGUGCAACAGCCACCUGCCGUAUGGAUAUGCAGCCCAAGCCAGAGCCAGAGAAAGAGAGCGACUGGCACAGUCCAGGGCAGCUGCAGCAGCAGCCGUAGCAGCAGCCACAGCAGCUGUGGAAACUGGGGCUUCUGGAGGAGGGGGAGGAGGAGGGCCUCAUCAUCACUACCAUCAGGAGCAGAGUCGUGGAGCUUCCUCGUCUUCCUGUGGUGGGAACGCGUCACGGAGCAGCUACCAUCCGAGCGGAAGGAGGAGGAAGCAAAGGAGGAAAAAGGUUCCCUGCCUUGGUGGCAGGGAGUUCGGUGCCUCUUUCCCUUGCUCUGAACUGCUGCCCCUUAGUGGCUCAGAGGAGAAGAUCCUGAAGGAUUUGAGUGAGGAGGACGAGGAAGAAGAAGAGGAAGAAGAGGAUGGAGAGGACGAAGAAGACGAGGAAAGGAAGUUCUACUAUAGUGAUGAUGUGGAAGAUGAGUUCUCCUUUACAGACCAGCCCCCUGAAGACGGGGCUGGCCCAGGGGGCUAUACUUCAGUCCGCUAUAGUGAGUAUGAGUGCUGUGAACGAGUUGUAAUCAAUGUGUCUGGCCUGCGAUUUGAAACCCAGAUGAAGACCUUGGCCCAGUUUCCUGAAACACUGCUGGGGGAUCCAGCAAAGCGGGGAAGAUACUUUGACCCACUCCGGAAUGAGUAUUUCUUUGACAGGAACCGGCCCAGCUUUGAUGCAAUUUUAUACUACUAUCAGUCUGGUGGGCGACUGAAGAGGCCAGUCAAUGUACCGUUUGACAUUUUCAGUGAGGAAGUGAAAUUCUAUGAACUUGGGGAGGAGGCCAUGCUCAAGUUCCGAGAGGAUGAAGGAUUUGUCAAGGAAGAAGAGGACAAGGUACUGCCUGAAAACGAAUUCAAGAAGCAAGUGUGGCUGCUAUUUGAGUACCCUGAGAGCUCCAGCCCCGCUCGAAUCAUUGCCAUAGUCUCCGUGUUGGUAAUUUUGAUCUCCAUUGUCAUCUUCUGUCUGGAGACGCUGCCAGAGUUCAGGGAUGAAAAGGAGCUCAUUUUGACCCACAGCUUGGAGAAUGGUAACGAGACACUACAGCUGCAAGGUGAGGGGCAUACCAUCUUCAGUGACCCGUUUUUCAUUGUUGAGACCGUCUGCAUCAUUUGGUUCUCCUUUGAGUUUACAGUCCGCUUCUUUGCCUGCCCCAGCAAAGCAGCCUUCUUCAAGAACAUCAUGAACAUCAUUGACAUUGUUUCCAUUUUGCCUUACUUCAUCACCCUGGGUACCGACUUGGCCCAGCAGCAGGGCAGCAAUGGCCAACAGGCCAUGUCUUUUGCCAUUCUGAGGAUCAUCCGGCUUGUCAGGGUGUUUCGUAUCUUCAAGCUCUCCAGACACUCUAAGGGUUUGCAAAUCCUGGGCCACACUCUCAGGGCAAGCAUGAGGGAACUGGGUCUCCUAAUCUUCUUCCUUUUCAUUGGAGUCAUUUUGUUUUCCAGUGCUGUUUAUUUUGCAGAGGCCGAUGAAUCUGCCACCCAUUUUCAAAGCAUCCCUGAUGCCUUUUGGUGGGCCGUUGUGACUAUGACUACGGUUGGUUAUGGGGACAUGAAACCCAUAACUGUGGGUGGGAAGAUAGUUGGAUCCCUGUGUGCCAUUGCAGGCGUGUUAACCAUUGCUUUACCAGUGCCAGUGAUUGUCUCCAACUUUAACUAUUUUUAUCACAGAGAGACUGAGAAUGAUGAGCAGACCCAGCUGACGCAAAAUGCAGUUAGCUGCCCAUACCUUCCAACAAUACUCAAGAAAUUCCGAAGUUCAUCAUCUUGUUCCACAGAAGACAAAUCAGAGUACUUGGAGAUGGAGGAAGGGGUUAAAGAGUCUCUUUGUGUAAAGGAGAAAAAGUGUCAGGUCACAGGAAACGGCAAUGAGACGGCAAAACAGAACUGUGUAAAUGCAAAAUCUGUGGAAACAGAUGUUUAA